UCCUCUGCUGCUCAUACCGCUUUCCUUACGUCUCCUAUAGUGCAGCUGUGGUGGGUUAAAUCUGAAAAUUCAGACUCAAACCCAGUUUGGCCUCUAUUGGUUCUGAAGCGCCCUGCAACUUUGUUGAGACUUUGGGAAAUUUGUACCUGGAACCAACAAGUUGAUUUUAUUUUUGCUUGUUUGUUUUUGUUUUCCUUUGUGAAGGAACAAAGUGGACCAAAUGUAACUGGAUUAACCUGCUCAUGGAAUGUGGAUUUUCACUCAAAAAUACAUUUUGAUGGUCCUCUUGUUGGCUCAGAAGCAUGUUUUGGCAGUUUGCUGUCAGCAUGUGAGAGGUGAACCAGAAGACUAGGACACCGUAAUACGGCAAACAGGAUUUUUUUUACUAGUGUCACAAGGUAAGGGGAAUUGUCAGACAGGUGACCAACCACUGCAUCAGACUAAUUCACAGAGAGACAUGUCGAGGCCUCCGUCGUCCCAGAAUACCCCUCAGUUCUACAGGGUGAGCGAGAGAGACCUCACUGAGAUCGAGCUGCAUUCCGUCGACUCCAUCAACGACCUCCACCGAACGCACCCCGAGCACAGCCACAAAGGCUUGAGGCCUCCUCGCCCCGCGUACACACCGUCCCCAAACGGGAAUCUGUACACACAUGACGGGGCGACGGUCAUUCAGAGAGGGCGUCCGCUGGGCAGCAAAUGGCAGAGACGUCUUCAGGACAUGUUGACGCCGAGUUCAUCGAGGGCGUACGCCACGGGCUGCGCCAUCGUCUCCCUGCUUCUGCUCACAGUGUUGCUCAUCUUUGUUUUAGUCCAGCAGGGCGGCGCCAUCAGGAUGCUGACUGAGGCCGUGAGGGAAAAGGAGGCUGCAGCCAACAAGCUGGAGCUGCUGAUGCAGGAGCUGCAGGAACUGAGGCGAAACAUGACAGCCAUGAGACGGGGGACAUGAGGACGACAUGCACAGACUCCUCAGCGCUGUGCUAGUGCACUCACACGAGCUUGAUUCAUAGAUGAUGUCAAAUACUUUUACAAUGUGAAGUAUCAAACUUUGUUUCAUGUUGGCUUUGGUCGUUUGUCUCCAAGCACUACCUGUGCUUUGAGUUGAAAUGUAACAAUGACAUUACUUGUCUUUUUAUGUAUAUUAUGUAUUGCUGAAAUCAAGCAAAAAUAAAAUAAAACAAACAA